AUGAGGCUGAAGAGGGAAAAUGGUGUAACACUUGUCGUAAAAGAGAUAGUCCGGGAACACAACCACAGGCUACAGCUCUCCCCCCAAAUGCUUGUCUUCUUGCACUCCCACAAAAACUUUGACAAAACAAUCUUGGAGUACGUCAAGUACCUGCAGUUCAAAGGCAUUGAACAGGCACAGAUCAUGAGCAUACUGGGUAGUGAUGACCCCGGUAGCUACUUCCUCGAAAUGAAUGCCAAAGACCUGAUUAACAUCAAAGCAAAGAAUUCAAGGAUGGAUGAUGUGGACGGUGUAGUAAAGAUUGUCAACUUCUUUAGGGAGAUGAAAGAGAUAAACAGGGAGUUCUUCUGCGACAUACAACUUGAUGAGUCCGACAGAGUUAAGAACAUAUUCUGGGCGAAGACUACAUUCUUUGCUUUCGCCCUGAUAAGAGAUGAGGAUGCAGAUUCGUUCAAAUGGCUGUUCAAAACAUUUUUAAGGUGCAUGACAGGGAAGGCUCCUACAUGCAUCCUCACAGACCAGUGCCCGGCAAUGGCUUUGGCGAUCCCAGAUGCUUUCGGGAACACAGUACACAAGCUGUGCCGCUGGCACAUUAUGAAGAAGUACAGCAAUCCUCAACUGGCCCUCAUGCCAACUGAGUUUAAGGAUGCCUGGAAAGUACUCAUGGAUAAGUACAACCUCCACGAUGAUGCCAUGAUGGUGGCAAUUUGCAACGAGCGCAAGAGAUGGAUAAUAGCUUACUUCAAAGAAAUUUUCUGUGCCAAAAUGACGUCCACACAACCGAGUGAGAGCAUGAACUAUGUCCUCAAGAAGAACUUCGUAAGUGAGAGACAAAACCUGCACCGGUUUGUCAGGCAGAAGGAACAAAACACGAUGACCUUCUAUGGGUUUGACACUCAGAUGGCAAAUCUUUACUCACAAGCUGUGUACAGCGAGAUCAGAAAAAGGCUAAAACUGAGUACCCUCUUCACGGUGACAGAGACGAAAGAGCCCACAAAGUACCUCAUGCGCUACAACAAACCACAAGAACUUUUUGCGUGGUGUCAGCACGCGUUCUAG